GCAGCCCUGCGCCGUGCCUGUCGUCUGCCUCGGAUCGAAAACAAACAUUCCAGAAUUCCCGUUUCGGAUUCCCACUUCCUCGGCUUUCUUUGGCACUUGUGGACGAGGGCGGACGCUCGGCCCUUCUCUCCGAUAUGAGGCCGCUUUCCUGAAUACUUGACUGAAGGAGAGACCAGACACGGGGGUCUAUGUGAAGGAUCUCCAACAGUUUGUUUGUAAAAGCGUGAAUGAGAUACAACAUGUUAUGACUGUGGGAAAUCAGAACAGGGCUGUAGGGUCAACAAACAUGAAUGUACACAGCUCUCGUUCGCAUGCUAUAUUUAUCAUUACCAUUGAGUGCAGUGAUGUGGAUGAGAAGGGAAGGGGGCACAUCCGCGUGGGUAAACUGAACCUGGUUGACCUGGCUGGGUCAGAGAGACAGUCAAAGACGGGCACAGUGGGAGACAGGUUGAAAGAGGCAACGAAGAUUAAUUUGUCCCUCUCAGCUCUGGGAAAUGUAAUCUCAGCUUUAGUGGAUGGCAAGAGUACUCAUAUCCCUUACAGAGACUCCAAACUUACCCGCCUUCUACAGGAUUCCCUUGGAGGAAAUUCCAAGACUAUCAUGGUAGCCAACAUUGGUCCAGCCAGUUACAACUACGAUGAGACCAUCACAACCCUCCGCUAUGCCAACCGGGCCAAGAACAUUAAGAACAAACCCAAGAUCAAUGAGGACCCCAAGGAUGCCAUUCUUAGAGAAUAUCAGCAAGAGCUUGCUCGAUUGAAGGCUCAGUUAACGCAAAAUGGUGUGGAUAUGGAGACCAUCCUGCAGCAGGAGAAGGAACUGGAGGAGGAAAGGGAUCGUAUACAGAAUGACCAGCAUAUGAUAGAGGAGGAAAAACAGCAAUAUUUAAUGGACAUGAAGAAUAAGGAAGCAGAAAUAGUGGCUGCAAAAGAAGCGCAGGAUAAGUUGAUGGGCAGGAUUAAGACAAUGGAAUCAAAGCUACUUUGUGGAGGCAAGAACAUAAUAGACCACACUAAUGAACAGCAGAGAGCUCUUGAACAACGGACGCAAGAGCUGUUGGAGCAGAAAAGAAGAGAGAGAGAAAUGCUGCAGUUACUGGAGAAAGAGGAGGAAUCCUCUUGCGAAAUUGCCUCCACCUUUUCUUCACUCCAGCAAGAGGUGGAAGCAAAGACGCGUAAAUUGAAAAAGCUCUUUGCCAAACUACAAUCAGUGAAACAAGAGAUGGGAGACCUGCAUGAGGAGUUUUGCAGAGAUCGUGUGGACCUUCAGCAUACACAGGAUGUUCUUACCAGAGAACUGAAACUUAAAGCACUGAUAAUUGAAAACUUUAUAUCCCCUGAAGAAAAGCGCAAGAUUCUGUCUCGUGCAUAUUUUGAUGAGGAUGAAGAUGUUUGGAAGUUGCGACCGGUGGUUCGGCAGACUGGAGGAACUCUAAAGAGGCCAGUAUCUUCAGCCUCAAGAAGACCCACCUCUGAAUAUGCCAAAAUGCAGGCUUCGCUUGAUCAUAACCCAAGAUACAAGGGAGAAAACAUCAUGGUAGUGGAGCUGGACCCAGCUGUACGUACAACAAGAGACUGGGAAGGGCCUGUUGUUGCCCCUCGUGUUGCAGCAGCACUAGAAGCUGCCCUCAUGCCAAUAGAUGAUGACCUGAGUAUCGAUGCUUCCCUUGCGACCCUCAACCACUCCCAGGCUGUGAGGUCAACUAGGAAGGGGAAGACCAAGGGAAAGUUGUCCACAUGUGAUAAUGAUGACAUUGGUGCUGUGAUUAAAAAUUACAAAGAAACCAUGAGUUCAAUCAUUCCUGAGAUUCAAGAGUGGGAUACGCCCCCCAUCACAGGUGCCGGACAGCUCUUUGUACCCAAAGUCCCGCGGUCUGGUUCCCAAGUAACCAGCCUGUGGGCUCCCAGCUGCUCCGAAAUGCUUGAAGAUGACUAUGAUGAGGAUCCCAGUUAUUUUCCAUGUAGAACCGGAGACUCUAGAAGAAAGUACAGUCAGCCAAACCAGAAGACAAAAAGUCAGGUUGAUGUAAGAGAAGGACUUGAAGAAAGAGGAGAAGGUAAGUCCUCUUUAGAGAAUAGCACUACAGAGAGUCACCAGUUGGAGGCCACCUCAGAGAGUCAUAGAGAAUUCUCAGCACAGAAGCAGAUGAGUCUUGAAGAAUCUCUGGUUCUUGGUUUGGAAAAGGGAACUCAGCUUGUCUUAGGGCCUUUUGGAGCACGUCGCACCUGUUAUCACUAUAGGCCUCAAGUCAAACGCUGUUUAACAUCAUUAAGUAGAAGUAAACCCAGAAAGGUGCUACUCAACUCCCAUUGUUGCGUAGAUAAACAAGAUACUUCCUGUUCUUAUUCUUCCUCUUUAAGUCAUCUCUGCCAACAAAGCCAACCAGAUCACAGAAGACUGUGUCCCAGAAAGUCGAGUGCAAGUAAGAGUGAUCUCCUUCACAGAAUAUGGUGUUGUCAUAUGUCAAGAAGUUCUGUGAAGGGAUCAGGUGGCAGCCUCUCCCAGAGAUUUAGCUGCCUGUUGCACAAGAAGCGGAUAGAUUGGAGAAGCUCCAUACACCCAUGCACAUAUGAAAGAAUUAUGUGGCGUCUACCGUCCUCUCAGUGGAAACAGCUAGCGUUGUGUUUGAUACAUUUUGAGGGAGAUGACACCCUACGCUUCCUAACUCCUGUCAUGUUUUCCUUGAGGAAAUUCAGAAAUAUGUCUGAAUCUCGAAUGGUUUACUCCUUAAGCAUGGAUAGCUAUGGUGUGUCAGAGAGAGCAUGGGAAGACAUGGUGUCAGCACUGUGUCUUUGCUGUGUGUUGGUAUUCAUUUACCGUGUGUAUGUUGGCGUAUGUGGGUGUCUGUCUGAAGUGAUGGACUGGAUCUCAUUUUAGACUGAAAUCCAAGGAAGUGAUUCACAUGAAUUGCCUCACUCUGGAGAAUGGUUUGGCUUCAGAUCUUUUUAUUUUCAAAUUAAGUCCUGUAUCAGGUGCUUUUAUUCUUUUUAUAGAUUGAUUGGAUAUUAUUUGUUCUUAAAGGGAUUGGGUGCUUUGAGUUUGUAUUAGUAUGAAGUGAGUUAUACAAGAUGACAGUAUAAUAUGCUAGUAUUUUGAUAAUAUUUUUUUUUUUUUGUAUCUUGGGAAAACGUCAGGUAGAUUGAAUGAUAAGAAAGCUUCAAAAUCAAAAUCAUUUACUUAAUUUUGUUUUUAUUUGUUGAAUUCUGUGUAGAAAAUUUAAACUAGUUUGAGAAAGAAACUUCAUUCCUUACAAUUGAAGGGGAUACAUUAUCAUUAGCCAUACAGUUAUUUUUUAACAAAGGUAUUUUUUGUUUUGUUGUUGUCCUGUGUUUUAACCAUCAAAGGUUUGGUUCCUAAUUUAUGUAAUUUUUUCUUUUGUGUAAGCUCGGCUUUGCAGCUUUAUAUCGAUCUGGCUGUUUAGAGCUUUGCUAUAUAGUUGCUUUCAGAGCGUUAGGCAUUGUAUGGAAGAAUUUGGGUGAGCAUCACUUACUUCCUUGUUUUGGUAAGAUUCUCUCUGAAAUUCAGGGAUUUUAUCAUGCUAAGGAUCAUAGAAGAGGGAUUUUCACUGGAUUUCACAUUUGAUGUAUAAGAAUUAUAUUAGAUGUUAACAUUUAGGCUAAGGUUGGGGUGUACAACUCCUUGUGGAUAAGUUUAUGUAGGUUAUACAUGAGUAUCUCACGGAGAUGUAAGUAAGGAGUUUUUGCUUCAGGUUUUCAUGAAGCACCUGAUUUUAUCAAAAAGAAGAAGCUUAAGACAAAAAUUAAAGGUAUAAGUAUUGACUCUAAGCUCUAGAAUUAUGUAAAAAACAGCAAUAUAGUAUCACUUCCUGCUAUUGGCAGUGAUUCUUGGAAAUAUAUUUAACUUAUAUGAAAUUAACACUACUGAGAAAGUCGAUUCUGAGUAAGAAAAAAAUUUACUUUUGUAAACAAAUUGAAAGGAACUUGGGACAGGACUAAAAACACAAAACAAAGUAGGAAUGAUGCAGAUGAGAAAUAGGAUUGGGUGAAGUGUUAGUAGUUAACUGAUUUGCCUGUACAUAUGGUGAUAGUGCGUAUUCAUUUUUUAUUUCUGCUUGUAUCCUGCCACCUUAUUGUGAUUUUUUUUCUUACAGAAAAUGAAAUAUUAGUUGCAUAUAAGACAAAGCUACUUGGAUGUGUGCAAUGUAUGUAUUUGAUUGACUGAAGAUAAAUGGAUCUUGAAAGAAAGAGAGUACAUGCAACUUGUUGAAGAACUUGUCAAGAUGAUUAAGUCGCCACAUCUCCCUGGUACUGAAUCUCUUUCCUUUCAUUCUUUGAUCUCCCCCUAUGCUUCAGUUUGUUUUAAUAUUGCACCUGUUUAUUUUUUUUUAAGC